AGCUCAAGUGACUCAGGUCUUGUAUUCACACCUCAGCCAUUUCCUGCUCCCCCCAAGCCACAGCCACUCUGUGAGAGGAAGCUGGGGUUUGUGGUUCCUGUUUUGCCUAGGGACAAUGAGUGGGAGUGAAGAGGGGCUGGUAAGAGCUUUGGCUUCUCAUUUUAGGGUCAUUAAUGCUUCCUUAAGGGGAAGAAGGGGCUGGAUUGGUGGCUCCAGUGCCCAUUCCCUCAUGUGCAGUCAUUCUUGUGAAACAAAACUUGGCUAAGCUUUGUAUUGUGGUUAUUUGUGUCUACCUUCCACCCUCCUGUGAGUUCCUUAAAGGCAGAGGCCAUGUAUGACAUGUUGCGGAGUUUGUAGGGUCCCGCAUGGGUAGUAGGACCCCAUUUUUCACUGGUUGAGUAAUCUGGGAAGCAGACCAAAGGGGGCACAUUUCAAACAGCAGUCUGAGGACUUGGUGGUGAGAAAGAGCUGGUAGAGGUGAGCACCAGCUGGUGGAAGCCCAUAGAAGAGAUUAGCAGGGGAAGGACUCAAUGAAGAAGAUUCAGGAUGCUGCUUUACCACCUAGAGGAAGUUUUAAACCAGCGGUUCCAGGGUUCUCCGAGACUCUCUCUGGCCCCCGCCCCGAGGCCGGGAAAGCCUGAAGCCGAGAGGGAGAAAGGACCCGGAAGUUGGGGGUGACCUCCAAGCACGUGAUGAGGGGGCCCGCGGGCGCUGUCACGUGACGCGCCUACCUGCUGUGCCUCGGAGCCGAACUUGCUGCUGCUCUUAAAGUGCAGCGGAGAAGCCGGAGCUGGGACCUGCAGUGGGGCGUUGAUCCUUCUCAUCUGUCGCAGACCCUCACCCGCCUGGUUGGAGCCAAUCCUGGACUCUCGCUGACUUUGAACCCUUCGCGGGACCUGAACUUGAUGCCAUGGGAGGCUGUGCGGGCUCGCGGAGGCGCCUUUUGGAUUCCGAGGGGGAGGAGACCGCCCCGGAACCUCGGUCCCCUCUGUUGGACCGUCAGGGCGCCCUUUGGAGGAACGUGAUGGGUUUCUGGCUCCUGGGCCUUUGUAACAACUUCUCUUACGUGGUGAUGCUCAGCGCUGCGCAUGACAUCCUUAGCCAUCAGAGGGCAUCUGGGAACCAGAGCCAUGUGAACCCGGACCCACCCCUCACCCCCCACAAUAGCUCCUCUCGAUUUGACUGCAACUCCAUCUCCACUGCUGCAGUGCUCCUGGCAGAUAUCCUCCCCACCCUCGUCAUCAAAUUGCUGGCGCCCCUUGGUCUGCACCUGCUGCCCUACAGCCCCCGGGUUCUCGUCAGUGGGAUUUGUGCUGCCGGAAGCUUCCUCCUGGUUGCCUUUUCUCAUUCAGUGGGGACCAGCCUGUGCGGUGUGGUCUUGGCUAGCAUCUCGUCCGGCCUGGGGGAGGUCACCUUCCUCUCGCUCACUGCCUUCUACCCCAGGGCUGUGAUCUCCUGGUGGUCCUCAGGCACUGGGGGAGCAGGGCUGCUGGGAGCACUGUCCUAUCUGGGCCUCACCCAGGCGGGCCUCUCCCCGCAGCACACCCUGCUGUCCAUGCUGGGUGUCCCUGCUUUGCUGCUGGCCAGCUAUUUCUGUUUGCUCACACCUCCUGAGCCCCAGGACCCUGGAGGGGAAGAGGAGGCAGAGACCUCCGCACGGCAGCCUCUGAUAGACAGUGAGGCUCCGGAGUCAAAGCCAGACUCCAAGUCAAACCUCUCCCUUCUGGAAAGGUGGACCGUGUUCAAGGGCCUGCUGCCAUACAUCGUUCCCUUGGUGGUGGUUUACUUCGCGGAGUAUUUCAUCAAUCAGGGACUGUUUGAGCUCCUGUUCUUCCGGAACACAUCCCUGAGUCACGCUCAGCAGUAUCGCUGGUACCAGAUGCUCUACCAGGCCGGUGUCUUUGUUUCCCGCUCUUCUCUCCGCUGCUGUCGCAUCCGUUUCACAUGGGUCCUGGCCCUGCUGCAGUGCCUCAACCUGGCCUUCCUGCUGGUGGACGUGUGGUUGAGCUUCCUGCCCAGCAUCUACCUUGUCUUCCUGGUCGUUCUGUAUGAGGGGCUUCUCGGAGGUGCCGCCUACGUGAACACCUUCCACCAGAUUGCCCUGGAGACGAGUGAUGAGCACCGGGAAUUUGCCAUGGCAGCUGCCUGUAUCUCUGACACUUUUGGAAUCUCCCUGUCGGGGCUCCUGGCCCUGCCCCUGCACGACUUCCUUUGUAAGCUGUCUUGACACUCCGGCUUCUCAGGACAUGGGACACACUAAUCUGGGCCUGCACUGACAGGCGGGCGAGUCAGACCGCAGGCGCACAGCUCAGAACUCACCCAUGAGCCCUGCCCCAGGUUUGCCUGAGCGGCUGGGGUGCAGAGACACGCAGAGGUCCCGUUCUCCUUUGAGCGAGCCGGCAGUGUUCACACUCUCCCAGGCUGGCCUUGGGGACUUUCUUCGUGGUGUUACAUCCUCAGAAUAAAUGCCUAUUUUAUUAAUUGA